GCCUCCCAUGGCUCCUACAUCUUAAAUAGGGUUGGCCAAGAGAGGGCUGUGAGCCACAGUGGUGAGAGGGGGGCUCCAGAGCUCGGUGUUCCUGGCUCAUCUCUGUGGACUGACACAGGGCUCCUGUUGCCUCUGGCUCCUGGUGGCUGACUGAGCCAAGGACUCUGACCCCACUGAGCCGUGGACCAGAGAGGAGCCAUGGAGUCCUGGGCAAGGUGCAUUUUUCUUCUGCUGCUGCAGCUGCUGCCAGGAGGCCGUGGGGAUGUGUUGCCUUCAGAUGCUGGGAAAAUCGUGGGUGGCCAAGAUGCUCAGGAAGGACAGUGGCCGUGGCAGGUCAGCCUGUGGUUAGCUGGAGAGGGCCACGUAUGUGGGGGCUCCCUCAUCCACCCGGGAUGGGUGCUCACGGCUGCCCACUGCUUCCACAGGUUUAAGGACCCUAGCUUCUACCAGGUGAAGGUUGGUGGGCUGACACUCUCCCUUCUGGAGUCCCCCACAACCCUAGUGACUGUGAGGAGCAUCUUUGUGCACCCCAGCUACCUCUGGGAAGACACGUCUAGUGGAGAUAUUGCCUUGGUGCAGCUGGGCACGCUUCUGAAACCCUCUCAGUUCGCUCCCGUCUGCCUCCCGGAAGCCCAAGCUCCUCUCACCCCUGGGACUGUCUGCUGGGUAACGGGUUGGGGCUCUACCCAAGAAAGAGACCUGGCGAGUGUCCUCCAGGAGUUAGCUGUGCCUCUCUUGGACUCGGAGGAGUGCGAGAAGAUGUACCACACCCCGGAGAGCAGCCAGUCAGGGAAGCGAUUCAUCCAGUCAGACAUGCUCUGUGCGGGCUACGCAGAGGGCCAGAAAGACUCCUGCCAGGGUGACUCUGGGGGACCACUGGUCUGUGUCAUCAACAGUUCCUGGAUCCAGGUGGGAAUCACCAGCUGGGGAGUUGGCUGUGCUAGGCCGCUCAGGCCUGGUGUCUACACACGGGUGCCAUUUUAUGUAGACUGGAUUCAGAAAACCUUGGCAGAGAACCAUUCUGAACAUUAUGAAGCCUGCGGGGGCCACUCCGGAGCCUCUGGGCCACAUCCACUACUGAUGCUAGUGUUGUUGGCCGUAGCCUUGCCAACGGCUCUGUGAACUAUGAGCUCUAGAGUCCAGGAUCCCCCUCCCCCGGUGGGAUGGGAGACUUGGAAGCUUAGAGAAGACGCUCAGAAAUGGUGGGUUCACAGGCGACAGCCUGGGAGGUGUUGGAGGCUGAAGGGACCUAAGUUUUAAGGACACAGUAAUCUGGAACACAGGGACACAUCCUCAAAUACAGGCAGCCACUCACACGUCACCACAGCCUGGCCUUGAUUCAGCUCUACAGGUGCUAACUCCUUCAGCGACACACAGUGCCACAGCGGGAGUAGGAAAGCCCAGAGAGGGCCGUGAACUUCCCAAGGUCACACAGUUAGCCAGCUGGAUAGACUCCCCAUUAAACAAGUGUGGAUCGGAACCUGUGCACCUGCCCCAAAGGGACCCCAUGCUGGUAUGCACCAUUGCACCUUGUUUGGUUCCCAACACCCACAUCGUGGGGCUCACAACUGCAGAAGGUCCUGCUUCUGGCCUGAGGACAUACACAUGGG